GUGCGCUUCCUGGCUAUAUAAACCACACAGUGACGAGGGAGGUACCCUGCAGAAGAGCUCAAGUUUAGUGAGAGAAAGAGAUAGACGAAACAGAAGACUGCACUCACCUUCCCCUGGCUGCCCUGCCUACUCUGUAUAAGCUGUAAUCAUGGUCAACAACCUGCUAAAGAAUCCCAGCGGGGAAGAACAGCUGGACUUCUGGGAGCUGACAGAGAACGGUGGGAGUCAGUGGAAAGUGGAGGACAUGCCGGGAGACUGUGGCCACGACUUCUGCCUCGACGGAGUGACCAAAUACUUUGUAACCUCCUUUGAGCUGUGUCUGAAGAGACAGGUGAUUGACUUGUUAGCGGAGGAUUUCUCUGGCGAACAGUUGGACGCUCAGCCUCCCAUUACAGUGGAAGACUGGUACUGCGGGAGGACGGAUUGUGGCUGCACCUACCAAAUGUCCGCGAGUCUGCUGGACGAGAAUCAAGAGGUCAUACAGGAGUUCAAACCUGAUCAUGUGACUCUUGACCCCGACUCUGACGACUGCUCGUGGAAACAGAUCAAACAUACAUUUUCUGACUACGGCCCUGGACUGCGUUUCAUCACCUUUGAACAUGGAGGACAAGACACCAAGUUCUGGGACGGUUGGUUUGGAGUCCGGGUCACUGGGAGCUCCGUUACCGUCGAGGUCUGAAAGAGAGGAAAAGAAAGAAAAAUGAGGACGGAGGGGACAGAUAACUAGAGUAAUUUAACAACUCUAGAGUGGAGUGUAGGUUUCCAGGUUUCAAGAGGACCAUGCUUUGCCUUGUGCACACCUCUGUAUAUCACAAUGCUGUUCAUGCUGUGGAAACAUAAUGCUGCUAUGAAACAUUACAGAUCUGUAAAAAACAAAACCCCAUCAUGUUCCCACGGUGGCUUUACUAACUUUGAAAUAUUAAAAUUACUGCUUGCAACACAGUCAUUAAUAUGAUCUGUUAACGAUAUAGGGCUACCUCUGCACAGGGACUUACCCUGGUGUUGAACUGGUGUUGGGUGGAGGUGCUGUAAGCAAUCAAGUGGUUUAACGUUCCAGUUCGAAUUAAAAUGAUGAAAUAAUAACUACAUCAAUGCCUGUUUUGUCAAGUUGAACUUUCAUUCAAAGAUCUAAUCAACUGAACGUGAUCCCUCAUCCCAAGGUGAUUGAAUUGUUAGCAUAAACGUAGAUUUCAAUGAGGUUUUUUUUGUUUGUCUUCAUUUAUAAGUAAUGGGCAGUAGAUAGAAUACAAAAUAUUGUCAAAAAUUCUGUUUUUGAGAUUAAAUGUUGACAUUUACCACACUGGGCCUACUUAUAAUCUACCAUCCAUGUAACUCUCUGAUGCAUUGACAUAUCUUACUUAGUGACAAAUGGUUAAACACUUCUUUUCCAGAUAGAUAUUGUACAUUUCAUCAUUACAAUCCCCAAAUUUGAUUGACCUAAAUGCCCCUUAUGUAAACUGUUGACAGUAGUAGCCUAUAUAUUGUGUAUGUAGGCUAACACUUCAGAUCUGUUUUCCUGAUGUUGCUGAUCAGGCUCGAUCAUGUUUAAACAUAUACACUGAGAGUACCUGUCUGUGAUUUGUGCCAUUUGGAAAUGACGCCCUCACAGCUCACCAUGAUGUUAUGUCCUGCUGCCAUCUUGUGUUCGUUGUUUCAUCUAACACAAUACAUUGGAGCAUUCAUGAACCUCUGUGUGAUCUGGAUAAUAUCAAUAAAUAACAAGAUGUUUUUUUAAA